AUGAAGACGCGCAUGGCCAUCGAUGACAUCAGCGCCAUGGUGGGCUCCAUCACCAAGAACGUCGUCAACAUGCGCGUGACCAACAUCUACGACUCGGAGGUCAACAAGACGUACAUCCUCAAGCUCGCGACGCCGGGUCUGCCCAAGGUCUUCCUCCUCCUGCAGUCGGGCGUCCGCUUCCACACGACUGCGUACGCGCGCGAGACGGCGAGCGCACUUCCGCUGCAGUUCACCAUGAAGCUGCGCAAGCACCUCCGCGGCAAGCGCCUCGCGAGCGUCACGCAGUGCGCGUCGGACCGCGUCAUCGACUUUGCGUUUGGCGACGGCGACCAGCGCCACCACUUGAUCCUCGAGCUCUACGCGGCCGGCAACAUCAUCUUGACCGACCACAACUACUCGAUCUUAUCGCUGCUGCGGUCGCACACGUACGAUGAGCAGGUCAAGGUCGCGGUCAAGCAGGUCUACCCGAUGGAGAACGCGAUGGUCGUCGGCAACUCGGCCGCCGCCGUCUUUCGCUCGGGCAGCGACCUUAUCACGUUCAUUCAAACAAAGAGCAAGAAGCAGUACACGCUCAAGCAGAUCCUCAUGAGCAAGGAGUCGGGCCUCGGCGGCUUUGGCCCGACCAUCGUCGAGCACUGCCUCGUCAAGGCGCAUUUGGCGCCGAGCCUCAAGGUCAAGACCGCGGCCACCAACGUCGUCGUGCCGCUGACGCCGGACGAAGCAGACGCACUCGUCGCGAGCCUCGCGCAGGCCCCGACGCUCCUCGACGAGCUGGCGCAGAACCAGGUGACGCUGCACGGCGAAGGCAGCGACGCAUCGGACGUGAGCGACCACGGCUUUAUCAUCCUGAGCCCCACCACCGGAGCGUUCGAUGAGUUUACGCCCUACCUCUACGCGCAGCACGAAGGCCGGUCGGUGCAGCGCUUCCGGACCUUUGACAUGGCCACCAAGGUCGACAAGCUCAAGAAGCACCAGCAAGACCAGAUGGAGGCGUUCCGCAAGACGCAGGAAGAGAGCGUCGUGCAGGCGCAGCUCAUUGAGCAAAACCAAGGCGACAUUGAAAACGUCUUGUUGGUCCUCCGGAGUGCGCUCGCCAACGGCAUGGACUGGAAGGACCUUGAGGACCUGAUCAAGCAAGAGCAGAAGAACGGCAACCCGGUCGCAUCGCUCAUCCACAAGCUCGACCUCGCCCAGAACCGCGUCUCGGUGCUGCUCUGCGACACGGAAGCCGACGACGCCGACAUGGAGAGCGCGGUGGCGUACUGUGUGCCGAUCGACUUGAGCUUGUCGGCGCUCGCCAACGCGCGGGAGCUCUACUCGAAGAAGAAGAAGGCGGUCGUCAAGGCCCAGAAGGCGACCGAAGCGACCGACAAGGCGAUCGAGCAAGCCAUCAAGAAGCACGAGAAGAAGCAGCAAGCACAGAAGCUCCAGCGCAAGACGCUGUACCAGCGCCGGAAGACCAUGUGGUUUGAAAAGUUCCAUUGGUUCAUCACCCGGGAAAAGUACAUGGUGCUCGCGGGCAAGGACGCGCAGCAGAACGAGACGCUCGUGAAGAAAUACCUCCGCAAGGGCGACCUCUACGUCCACGCUGACCUGCACGGCGCCGCGACCUGCAUCAUUCGCAACCGCAGCGCCGACGCAAACGACCCGAUCCCGAUCUCGACCAUCGAGCAAGCCGGAUGCAUGAGCGUCUGCCGCAGCAAUGCGUGGGCCAACCAGGUCGUCGCGGGCGCGUACUGGGUUCGCGCCGACCAAGUGUCCAAGACGGCCCCCACGGGCGAGUACCUCACCACCGGUAGCUUUAUGAUCCGCGGCAAGAAGAACUUCAUUCCAGCCUCGCGCCUCGAGAUGGGCCUUGCGAUCGUGUUUCGGAUCGAUGAAAGCUCGGUCGCGCACCACCUCGAGCUCGAAGCGCUUGAGAACGACGACGUCACGCCGCGUGCAGUUGCUGUCGUAGACGAUGAGAAGCCCGCGGCUGCCGAAACAAGCACCGUCGUGGCGCCCAAGCCAACGGCCAAGACCAAGCCCGCCAAGCCGCAGCCGGAAGUCAAGGCGGCACCCGUCGUUGCGCCCGACGACGAGCCCUCUAGUGAUGCCGAAAGCCCUGAUGGCAACGGCGCGGACGACGACGCACCCGGGAAGAAGCGACUGAGCGCCAAGGAGCGCCGUGACCUCAAAAAAGCGCGCACCAAGAAGGACGAGGACGACGCUGCCGAGGUCAAGGCGUCGCCGCCGCCGGCGCCGACUGAGAAGAAGCCCAAGGGCGCUGCCCCGGCACCGCCGGUUCGCGGCAAGAAGGGCAAGCUCAAGAAGAUGAAAAAGUACGCCGACCAAGACGAGGACGAGCGGCUCCUGCGCCUCGCCGCCCUCGGCCACGUCAAGGUCGCGGAGCUCACCGAGGCGGGCGAGAACGACAAGGAGGACGAGACGCCGGCCAACGACGAGACCGAAGACGCGACGCCGAGCGAAGCCGGCACGAGCGUGGUCGACGACGAAAAGGAAGCCAUCUACGCGCUGCACCGUGAGCGCAAGGCGCAGCUGCAGGAACAGGAAGAGGAGGAGGCGCAGAACGCCGCGUUCCUCGACUCGUUCACGGGCACGCCGCUGCCCAACGAUCUGCUUUUGUUUGCAAUGCCCGUCUGCGCGCCGUACUCGACGCUCGCGCUGUACACGUACAAGGUCAAGCUCACGCCGGGGUCGCAGAAGAAGGGCAAGGCCGUCCAGUUUGCGGUCGACCACUUUCUCAACCUCAAACCCAAGAUCUCGUCGGCGAUCAAGACGACGCCCGUUGACGUAGACGCAGCAACCGACGAGGUGACGCCCGACGUGGACCCGAUCGAGGCGCAGAAGGAGCUCAUCAAGUGCGUGCCAGAAGCCGACCUCGUCGGCUGCAUGGUGGGGCCUGUCAAAGUCUCGGCGCCGGGUCUGAGCACCGCCAAGAAGGGCGGCAACAACAAGCCCAAGAAGGCCCACAAGAACAAGUCGACCUAGCGUUGUAUUCGCAUGUACACAUUGUUUCGAUGCCACCGAGGUGUUUGCCACCCGUG